AUGGCAGCCAGGUUCCGCGGGUCGGGGCAGACUUGCGUGUCCCCCAACCGCGUCUAUGUCCAAAAGGGAAUCCACGACGUCUUCGUACAAAAGUUACAGCAGGCUGUGGAUACUCAGCUCGUCAAGGGCGACCCUUUGUCAACUGGCACCACAAUAGGUCCCUUGAUCAACGUCAGGGCAGUUGAAAAGGUCGAGCGUCUCGUCAGCGACGCCCGCUCUCAGGGCGCCACAGUAGUGACGGGCGGGACACGAUCUUCCGGUGAUCCAGAAAAUUACUACCCGCCAACUAUUUUCCAAGGCAUGACACAUUCGAUGCAGGCUAGCAAGGAAGGGCUCUUUGGGCCGGUUGUGGCAAUCUACCCGUUUGAGAAUCAGCAGGAUCUGCUUCGGAUGGCAAACAACGCCGAGGUUGGACUUGGUGCCUACGUUUACACAAAUACCCUCAACCAGGCGUGGAGAACCGCUGAGCUACUCCAGACUGGCAUGGUCGGGGUCAAUACGGGUGUUAUAUCAGAUCCCGUGGCUCCUUUCCGCGGUGUCAAGCAUUCCGGAUUCGGGCGCGAGGGCGGCAGGAUCGGCAUUGAUGAGUUCCAGAUUCUCAAGACAAGUCGGCAUUUCCGCAUGUCGAAGCUCAAGGUUGGCGAUAAUUUCGACUCGACCACGGACCAGGGUCCUCAGAAUAGCAUGAUGCAUAUCGAAAGCGGCAAGCAGGAGGGAGCCACAGUCCAUCUCGGUGGCAGAGUAUCCAAGACGGGCCAGUCAGGUGGUUACUACAUCGAGCCCACAAUCUUCACAAACGUCAAACCCGGAAUGAAGAUCAUGAAGGAGGAAAUCUUUGGGCCAGUUGUGGCGAUUUCCAAAUUUUCGUCCGAGGAGGAAGUGCUCGAGCUUGCCAACGAUACCGUCUAC